AUGGCGGGCGUUGGUGACACAGCACUGGCAGCCAGCGGCAUGGAGGUGCUGAAGGCCCCGAUGGGGAAAGCAGAAACCCCAUCUAAAGGCAGAAGCAGAGAACCCAAGCGACAGGUGGCUGCCCGUUCAUUUCUGAAACUACCAAGGGAAGAAGUUGGUGAUUCGCCGGACCCUGGUCCUGAAGACGAGGUCCGAGGUCCUGCGACCCCUGGCCCUUGCUGCCUCACCCCUGCCUGCCUUUUCCCGCUAUCUUCUGCCGGGAUUUCGCACGCAGGCCUGGGCGAAGGUGUACCUUCUGGCAGCUAUGGGAACUAUGGCUAUGCUAAUAGUGGAUAUAGUGCCUGUGAAGAAGAAAAUGAUUUCGCACGCGGCCUGGGCGAAGGUGUACCUUCUGGCAGCUAUGGGAACUAUGGCUAUGCUAAUAGUGGAUAUAGUGCCUGUGAAGAAGAAAAUGACAGACACACCGAAAGCCUGAGGCGCGAAGUAAAGGCUGUGAAAGAUCUUUCCAUUGAGAUAGGCCAUGAAGUUAAAAGUCAAAAUAAAUUAUUAGCUGAAAUGGAGUCACAAUUUGAUUCCACAACUGGAUUUCUAGGUAGAACUAUGGGAAAACUGAAGAUAUUAUCCAAAGGGAGCCAAACAAAGCUGAUGUGCUAUAUGAUGCUGUUUUCAUUGUUUGUCUUUUUUGUCAUAUAUUGGAUUAUUAAACUGAGGUGAUGCAA